AGUCAAUGUAGCUUAAUUUUAUUUUAUUUCGAUAGGUGUGGUUUAAAAACCGAAGAGCGAAGUGGAGGCGACAAAAAAGGACAGCAUUUAGUGUGCGAAACCUGGAAAACUAGAAGAUUAUGCCGGAUAUGCCCAUCAGAAGACAUUUUUGGAUCAUUUGCAUCCAAUGCAAUAAUGAGGCUAGAUUCAUUCUAAAAACGUCACUGCCAGACAUUUCUGGUGACGUCACCCGUGUACAUUCUUCCAAUGACGUUCCUUGAUUAGCAAAACGUCAUCUAAGAACUAUUGAUAUAACUACGUGAAUUAAAUUAAGGUAUUCAUACGCUUCUAUUUUCAGAGGCUCUUUUUAUUUUAUAACGGGAUUAUUUACAUUCAGCAAGGUUUUGUUUGGCUUGCUAGCUAGCUAACAGAGAAGUCAAGGCCACCAGAGACCAUUUCGCUAACUUCUUCUAGCGACCGACAAUGGAAGGAUUUGGAAAGGCGCUGAUGUUUGGAACCCUUGUCCCAAUUAAUCCUGUCACAACAGUUGCUCUUCGACAGCCACCCGAGGAAACAAAGAAAACAAACCGAAAGGUUCUCGAUGAAGAAAACUACAUAGAGAGUUUAGAGAAGAUCAUCCAGAGGGACUUUUUCCCAGAUGUGACCAAGUUACAUGCACAGAAGGACUACCUCGAAGCUGAGGAAUAUGGGGAUCUUGGGAAGAUGCGGGAAAUAUCCAUUAAGUAUGGGUCAUCUUUAGCCAAGUCCACACCACGCUCCACUGCCCCAUAUGUUACUCCAGCUUCCUUUGAGACACCAGAGGGUCGUCCUGGAUCUCCCUCUUCUGUACUGGGCAAAAACAAGAAAGGAACAGACGUGGUGAACAAGGAAGGAGACGAGAAAGAGCUGCCCUGUCUUGAUCGCUUCUUGGCUAAGAACACAAGCGAGGAUAAUGCAUCCUUUGAGCAGAUCAUGGUUCUAGCAGAAGACAAGGAAAAGUUGAGGCAUGCGUGGCUGUAUGAGGCAGAGGCUGAAUUUAAACAGCGGCAUGAAGAAAACCUUGCACUUCCGUCAUCUGAGAAGCAGGCCCUUGAGUGUGUAAAGGCAGGACUGGAGACCUGGGAGUACAAAGCAAAGAAUGCCCUUAUGUACUAUCCAGAGGGUGUCCAGGAUGAUGACACACUCUUCAAGAAACCCAGGGAGGUGAUUCACAAGAACACUCGCUUUGUGGGAGACCCCUUCAGCAAAGCCCUUAACAAAUGCCAGCUUCAACAGGCUGCAGCCCUCAAUGCACAGUUCAAACAGGGUAAAGUAGGCCCAGAUGGCAAAGAACUUAAUGCCCAGGAUUCCCCUAACGUGAAUGGAUAUGGGUUUGAAGGAACUCCCUGCCCUUCCCCAGGUAUGGCUGAGUCCCCCCUGAUGACCUGGGGUGAGAUAGAGAGCACCCCCUUUCGCCUGGAUGGGUCUGACUCACCGUUUCAAGAGAGGAACAUCGGCCCAUCAUUUAAGAUUCCAGAACCAGGAAGAAGAGAGAGGUUGGGUUUGAAAAUGGCCAAUGAGGCUGCCGCCAAAAACCGGGCAAAGAAGCAAGAAGCAUUGCGAAAGGUCACAGAAAACCUGGCAAGUCUCACCCCAAAAGGCCUGAGCCCAGCAUUGACCCCUGCCCUUCAGAGGCUUGUAAACCGCACCUCCAGCAAAUACACAGACAAAGCUCUAAGGGCAAGCUACACACCAUCACCCACACACAGAGGAGCAGGCUCCAAGACCCCCCUGGGUGGUCCAGCCACUCCCUCAGGCACUCCGACACCAAGCAAAGCUAGGACCCCUGCCUCCCAGGACCCAGCAUCCAUCACAGACGACUUACUGCUGCUUCCCAAGAGGAGGAAAGCAUCUGACUUCUUCUGACUGGAGUAAAGCAAAACUGAGAAAGAACAGUUAUCUUGAGGAAGUGAACUCUUACAUGUUUAAAGCAAGUUGUCAUCAAGCAAAUUACCGGCCAUGUUUCUCUCUACCCCACCUCAUGCCCUCCCCCUGGAUUUUAUGGACUUGCCUUUUAUGGCUGGAACAGUGUGCACAAUGAAGGGCAGAGUCAAAAUACCAACCCUGAAUUCAAGGAUAGUUGGAAAACUCAGGUCAUUACUGUUUUUAGGGUGUUGGACAGAAAUGCAUAGUAUGUACUGUGUUAGAAACCUUCCAAGACUGGAUAACUUACAAUAUGUGGGUUCCAAAGAGAUUCUAUAAUUGUACAUAGCCUAGGCUGAUGUUAGUUUAAUCUUGGUGAAUGUUACGAGGCUUUGUUGAUUUUUUUGUUUUGUUAAUAUGUUCAAAUGUAAGCCUCUAUUGUAUGCCUUUUUUUGCAAUCUAAUCUUUCAGUCCUCAACCUAAAAAUUGCCUUGUUGUUAAUCCCAAAUGUUGACACUCACCUUUGUCAUAGCAGAUUCGAUUUCUAAAAAUGUAACGAAGGCUAUAUGGUUCAUCUUGACAAAUAUGUAUGUUCCAUUUAUUAUGAACUAUUCAGGUGGAAUAAAUCCAGCACUUCAACAUCA